AAACAUACCACCAUACCAAAUGGAAAGGAAUAAUAAGCCAAAGCCAAUAAGGAAACAGAAAAAGGUCACAGAGAGCAGAAUCGGAAAAUGACGUGGGCAGCCGCAGCAAGUCGUUUCCAAAUUCCAGCAAUGGACGUUGCUGCCUUACGCAGCCGUGCUCCCUUAGCAUUCGGAGUUGGCUGUGUAUCAAUUGCUGGUGCAAAGUUUAGUGUGUCUUCACUAACUCAAUCAAAACCCUUUGCUUGCUUAAGCACUUCCACUAAUACCAGUAUAAAGGAGGCCGUUCACACUGAUAAGGCUCCGGCAGCACUAGGGCCAUACUCUCAAGCCAUCAAAGCUAAUAACUUUGUUUUCGUCUCUGGAUGUCUGGGUCUUAUUCCAGAGACUGGGAAAUUUGUCUCAGAAAGUGUGGAGGAUCAAACAGAGCAGGUUCUCAAGAAUAUGGGGGAGAUACUUAAAGAAAGUGGCGCUAGCUACUCCUCAGUUGUUAAGACAACUAUCUUGUUAGCUGAUCUGAACGACUUCAAGAAAGUGAAUGAGAUUUAUGCUAAAUGGAUAUCAGAGAGACUUGGCCUAAAACAUUUGAAGGUCUACUGGUUUGCACUUGCAUAUGUGACAAUUCGGAAGGUAGAAGUGAUUAGCAACCAUGAUUGUUUGUAAUGGACCAUAUGUACUCAGAUGACGUAAUAAAACUUUUUCAGCACUUGAUUGCUCUGCUUGUAUAUACUUUUGGUUUGUGCUAGCUAUGUUAGAAACCUCGGAAUUGAUGUUCUUUAGAAUAGGAAAAGUGACCAUAUAAUGUUCUGAACUCUCCAAGUCAAAGUGUAUGUAGAGUAUGGUCAUUUUUGUUGUUAGUGAUAGUUGGAAUUGCUAAUUUCUGAGAAGAAACUAUACCGAAGCAAGAAAGAGCAGAAAGUAAUCAAAGCCUGUUUUGCAUGCAAGAGAAGGAAAUACAGUAUUAAAUACUUGUCCACUUUAUAGACUAAAACUAGCACUUUAUAAAGAAUGUCUGCUUUAGCAUGUUACUUCAUGUAUUCAAUACGAUGUGAGAAUACGUAACUCUAACGUAGCUAUUUGCAGAUUUCCCAUCUCCUGCACCAGCUCGGGCAACUUAU